GACAAUUUUUUGUAAUUUAUUUCCGCAGUCUAAUGUACCAUACAAAAGGAGUCGCCGUGAUUUCCAUUAGCAUCUUAGUAAUAAAAAAGGCACUAUAAAAUAACUGUUUUGGAGUAUUAGUAGGAGUUCUCUCGUACACGCUUACGUUUCUGACUGGAGAAUGAAUCUAUAAUGCUUAGCAACGCGAACAAAGCCGAUGGUGAGUAAAGGCAGUUGCCUCAUUUUAGAUCUCAAGCAUUCAGUAUAUAAAUCAUUUUUUUUUAAAGCGAGGACAAUAAAUUUCGACUAAAUACCGAAAGAAAAGUGGAAAAAAUAUACUUUACUUUAAGUUAAUUAAUUCAUCAUCUUAAAUGAUAAUUGAAACAAAUCAACUUGGCAUUUAGGAUGAAGAUUUGGAAAUCAAACGUUCAGUGGCAGUUUCCUCGGAUUUCUUUAAUUUUGACUGUAAUACAAGUAUCAGGUGUUUCUACUUUGCGGGACCUCAAUGUGCUCGGAUUCUUGUCUAUAACUGGUGAGAGCUGGAAUGGCGGAGAUUCGUGUUUAACUGCGAUACACAUGGCCAUUGAUGACGUGAAUGCAAAUCAGGAUAUUUUAAAUGGUUAUAACCUGACAUACAAAUGGUUUGACAGUAAGUGCCAUCCUGGAGUGUCUGUCUACCGUUUGUCUCAGAAACUAAGCAAGGAUCCACCAUAUGUUAUGUUGCUCGGCGCCGGAUGUUCUGUGGCGUCCGAGGCUACCGCGCAAGUAUCUUACUUCUGGAACCUGACUCAGAUAUCAUUUGCGUCGACGUCACCAGCACUUUCCGACAGGAAGCGAUUUCCGCGAUUCUUCCGGAUUGGGAUACCUGACCAAAAGCUGAACCCAGCAAAAGUCGACUUAAUGCGACAAUUUAACUGGAAGAAAGUAGCCACGAUCAACCAAGCAAUGGAAUUUUUCUCAACGGUCAUAGACGAUUUUGUAAGAAGAAUUCGAGAUACGGACAUAACCAUUGUAUCUCAGGAAAUAUUUGUUACCAACCCUUACAACAGACUUCUAAACUUAAAGAAACAAGACGCAAGAAUUAUUGUUGCUGCUAUGUAUGAAGAUAUUGCUAGAGAGUUAAUUUGCACGGCGUAUAAAAUUGGUCUUUUCGGUUCACAAAUUGUUUGGAUAUUCAACGGUUGGUAUACACCAUUAUUUUGGAAGACCAAUUUAGACACAGUUGACUGCACAGAUGAAGAAAUGUCAAAUGUUGUCGAAGGGGCGUUUCUAACAAGUUCUGUUUAUUCUAAUCCAAUAGAAGAGAGGGGUGUGGCUAAUUUAACAGUAUCUGAAUUCCUCAAGCUUUAUCGGGAACAUCCGACGUAUUCACCAAGUUUAGAAGACAAUAUGUUCCUAACUCCUUGGUGUUAUGAUCAUAUAUGGGCCGCGGCUUUAGCACUCAACUGCACAGUCCAAACACUAUCAGAUAAUGGUCAGUGUUAAAGCAGCAUGCCUCCAGAUUUGGCUAAAAAUAAUCUUUCUUUCAAAUUGAAGUUUGAUCAUAUUAAUAUGAAUAUUAAUAUAUGAAUUUUUGUUUCUAACAUAUUUUAAAAGUUCCAAAUCAAGGAAAAAGAUGACCGCGUCGGGAAUCGAACCCCGGACCGCCGCGGCAAUAAAGACAUUUUCCCGUCGUCGUAACCAAUAACGCUAUAGCUGAAGUAGUGAAAAAUGACUCCAAAAUAUAGAUAUUUAUAAUCGAGACAGUUAACCUGGAGUAAAAGCGUGAC